GUCAUCAAAUUCUCUCUCUUUUGGGCAUUGGAGGCGAAACGCCCAAAUUUGAGUCCAGGAGAAGAAGACAUAGGCAUAGGGCAAAACCCUUUUGCUGUGAAGGAGGGCCGUUUCAAACAAUUUUGUCGGCGAUAGACGUUAUUAAUCAUAUUUCACAAACAGGGUAAUUGCCAAUUAGUGGCAAUUAAUGUUGUUGCUAAUCAGAAUUUCCCCUUUUUUUUGUUUUUGGUUUUAUUCUCCCAAGCAAGAACAAGGCAGAUUUUCUUCACCCGUUUCCUUCUUUUCCUUCUUUUUAGUUUUGGGGUGGAUUUGGUUGUUUCUCUCUCUCUCGGCUGUCGUUUUUACAGCGUAUAUUGCCCUCGUUUCCUUCCUUUCCCUACAAUUUCCUUAUCUCCCCUUUGCCUCGCCGUGUUUGCUUCUGGUUUGCCCCUUCUUCAUCUCGAUUUCUCUUCUUUUUGGUCAUUGUCGUUCCUGGCUUUGACCAAUGAGGAUGCUAGUAAAUGGUCCAGAAACCCUUUUUGACUUUUCGUGAUUUGUAUCCCUUUCCUUGAUGAUGUUGAUUUUCUCGCAGGUGGCAUUGCUGCUGUUGCUACAAUUGAGCAAUGCUGCGAAGAUUAUUGGUGAUGAGCUCUCCGGACAGUGCAAUUCUAAGCCAAUAUUAGAUCCAAGGCCACACAGUGUGUCUAUCUUGGAGUUUGGGGCUGUUGGUGAUGGCAAAACUCUCAACACCAUUGCCUUCCAAAACGCCAUUUUCUAUCUCAAAUCCUUUGCUGAUAAGGGUGGAGCUCAGCUUUAUGUUCCACCGGGAAAAUGGCUCACUGGAAGCAUUAAUCUCACUAGCCAUCUUACCCUUUUUCUGGAAAAAGGUGCUACAAUUCUUGGCUCUCAGGACCCGUCCCAUUGGGAACUUGUCAAUCCCUUACCUUCGUAUGGUAGAGGUGUUGAAGUUCCAGGGAAACGAUACCGGAGCUUGAUAAAUGGUUACAAUUUACAUGAUGUUGUAAUAACAGGUGAUGAUGGUGUCAUUGAUGGACAGGGUUUGGUUUGGUGGGAUUGGUUCACCUCUCAUUCCUUAAACUAUAGCCGUCCUCACCUCGUGGAAUUUGAGGAUUCGGAAUAUGUAGUCGUUUCGAACCUCAGUUUCUUGAAUACUCCUGCUUAUAAUAUCCAUCCAGUUUACUGCAGUAAUGUCUAUGUUUUCAACAUCUCUGUCUCUGCACCUUCUGAAUCUCCCUACACUGUUGGAAUAGUCCCAGAUUCUUCUGAUCAUGUAUGCAUAGAGGGCUGCAACAUUGCCACAGGAUAUGACGCCAUCGUCUUGAAGAGUGGCUGGGAUCAGUAUGGUAUAGCCUAUGGCAGACCAUCUAAGAACAUACACAUCAGAAACGUCCACCUUCAGUCGUCUUCAGGUUCGUCAAUUGCCUUUGGUAGCGAGAUGUCUGGUGGGAUAUCUAAUGUCCUUGUCGAGCACGUGCACUUGUACAACUCGUCUACUGGCAUUGAAUUCAGAACUACCAAGGGAAGAGGAGGUUACAUUAAAGGAAUAGUUAUAUCAGAUGUUGAAAUGGAAAACAUAUCCACGGGAUUCAGUGCCUCAGGUCAUUUCGGGUCACAUCCAGACGACGAGUUCGAUCCUAACGCACUUCCGAUCGUGCAGGACAUAACGUUGCAGAACGUUAGAGGCACAAACAUUAACAUUGCUGGAAACUUCACUGGGCUACAGGAAUCUCCCUUCACUUCAAUCUAUUUAUCCAACAUUACCUUUUCAAUGAAUUCAUCUUCUUCCACUUCUUGGAUCUGUUUAGAUGUUUCUGGGUACUCGGAAUCCGUGAUCCCGCCGCCCUGUUCUGAUCUCGAUACUCGAUAUUCAAUUUCUUCAUUAGCAGCGACUUCCCUUCUGAAUUCAGCUGGAAAAGCUGCUGUUUUAUGAAGCCUUUGCCAUCCAAGGUACAACAAUAUAUAUUUUCAGCCCUUGUCUUCUCCAAGUCAAGCAAGAUUCUUUCAAAUAAAAACCACAUGUCUAGAUUACUUGUUUUCUUCAUUCUCUUAGAAUUGCGUUCGUUCAUGUUUCGGUCUGCAGAUUUAUUUGUACAGUUCGAUUUCUUCAUUCACGUGGAAGGAAAUUUUUGGUAGUGAUUUUUACAGGUCUUUCGGUUUCGUUUGUGUUGCGUUUUUUUAAAAUUAUUCCCAUCACCCUCUCCCCCCCUCAAGAGCUUGGUGCUUUGUAAGUUCACUGUAAAUUGUUCAUUUGUUGUGAAGAGCUGAAAGGAUAAAACUCUUGUUGAUGUGAAAAGCAAUUCAUGUGAAGCCAAGUGAUUGGAAUAAAGGGAUCUUGGUGACA